AAAGAAACAGAAUAAACCCAUUAUUGGUUGUCUAAACUACAUUGUGCUGCUUACAGUUUUACCUAAAAAUCCACCAUAAAUAGCCAGUUGUUAUCAUGUUGCCCUUAAUGAUGUUUUUAUUUCUUAACCAAUGUUGGGUGAAAUUAGUAGCUAAAAGUCAUUUUACUUUAUUUAUGAUAUUUGUUGACGACACAUUUAAAGAGUGUGCAGGUGACUGGAGAGUCCAGAAGGGGUCCACCUUGUCUUUACCUCCACCUUUACAACCAAGACCAGCAGCAGAUGACAAAGGCUUAGUCGUAAUCCUCUUGUCAACCAUCUGCCUGCUUCUCUAAAGUUAACCCUUCAACUCCAGGGUGUCUGCGGCUGAUGCUGAAAGCUGGAAGUAUGCAGUUUUGUAUUUUUUUUUUUCAGAAGAGAUGAAAAUGGAAGCAGCCAGCUAGAAGAGAAGAGACAUGAGGCAGGGAAGGGAUGCGUCACUGGAUUAGAGGAUGAGGAUCUGCCCCAGCCUCUUUCUUCUGAGUGACUGAGACGCUUCCAAGGGGCUCAACAAACACCACUUUUCUUACCCUCCACCAAGCCUUCCACAUGAGCCAGCCAAGACUCAGCUCCUCUCCAGGAUGAAGAAAGAGAAGAAAACACAUGCUUUACUGUUUCUUCUCCUGUUCCACUUCAGCUUGGCAAGGCAAUCUGACCACGCCCCGUAUUUUUAUGAUAACGGACCGAGCAGCAUGAAUGGAAACAUGGCCUUGUUCAGCAUCUCAGAAGACAUUCCUGUUGGGACACAGAUUUAUAUCCUAAAUGGCACGGAUCCAGAGGACGAUCCAGUCAGAUAUGGACUAACGUUUGACAAGGGAUCCACAGAAUAUUUCAGGGUGGAACCAAACUCUGGAAACGUGACUGUUAUUCACGAGCUCGACCGGGAGAAAGAUGAUGAGAUUUCAGUUAUGGUGAGCAUAACAGAUGGUCGAAACAAGGUUGUUGAGACGGUGAGAGUGUUUGUCACCGAUGCCAAUGAUGAACCUCCUGAAUUUCAAAACCUGCCUUUCGUUGUUGAUGUCCCAGAGGACACCACACAGGGAACUAGCAUCUACAGGGUCCAAGCAUUGGAUAGGGACAUAGGUUCAGGAGGCAGCAUCACAUAUUAUCUACAGACUUCCACGUUUUCCAAGUUCACCAUUGAUGCCCACAGUGGAAUCCUACGAGUCAAACCAGGAGAGAGCCUGGACUACGAGACCACGACAACACAUUUUGUGACCGUAGUUGCAAAGGAUGGAGGCGGGAAGUACAAAGGGAAGCACCAGGUGUUGACGUCUACAGCCACAGUAACAGUCAAUGUCAUAGAUGCCCAGGACAUGCUUCCAUCCUUCGUAGGAACACCUUACUUUGGCUACGUCUAUGAAGUAUCACUGCCUGGUUCAGAAAUAUUUACUGUGUACGCUAAAGAUGGCGAUCAAGGCAAUCCAAACCCCAUUCACUAUUCUAUUGUUAAUGGUAGUGAUGGAGUCUUUGACAUAAAUAGCACGACCGGAUGCAUAACCCUGAACACUUACCCAUCUCUGCUGAAGAAUGAAUUAUACGAAAUUAAAGUCAAGGCAUCCGAGGUUGGACCAGAUGACCAGCUGUUGGACUAUGUUUUCACCAUAGUAACCGUGCGUGUGGUGGACCUAAACAACCACCCUCCCACAUUUUAUGGGGAGAACGGACCACAGAACAGGUUUGAGGUGACCAUGUACGAGCAUCCACCCGCUGGGGAGAUUCUCAGAGGGUUUAAGAUCACCGUCAACGAUUCUGAUCAGGGAGCUAAUGCUAAAUUUAAACUGAGACUCGUGGGCCCAAAUAGAGUCUUGCGAGUGGUUCCCCAGACGGUUCUCAAUGAAGCGCAAGUGACCAUCAUUGUAGAGGACACAGCUGGCAUUGACUAUGAGAGAGGACCAAAACUGUCUUUUAAGCUGUUGGCAGUGGAGAUAGACACACCGGAGCGUUUCAGUGCGACAGCCGACAUAGUGAUCAACCUGCUGGACACAAACGACAACACCCCCGAAUUCACAUCCGAGUACUACAUCGCCAGGGUUCCUGAAAACUCCCCUGGAGGUUCCAGCGUUGUGUCUGUGACAGCUCAUGAUCCAGAUUCAGGUUCGUGGGGUGAAGUCAAAUACUCGAUUUAUGGAUCAGGCUCAGAUUUGUUUGCCAUCGACCCGUCAUCGGGUCUCAUCUCCACACAGCCAUGGACCUCCUUGGAUGCAGAGGUCCGGUCUAAAUACAACUUCUACAUCAAAGCUGAGGAUGCUGAGGGAAAGUACAGUUUGGCCGAGGUCUUUGUCACUGUCCUCGACAUGAACGACCACUCACCAGAAUUUGACAGCGAGCUCUUGGAGAAGACCAUGAUCAUCGGUACUCCGGUCAAAAUAGAGGCCGUGGAUGAUGACGCAGAGUCUCCAAACAAUGUCAUCCAAUACUCCAUAAUGAAAGCCGACCCUGACAAUGCAUUUGACAUCGACGGUGACACUGGUGAGAUCAAGCUGAAGCCAUACAUCAAGUCCAUGGAGAUUGUGCAGAACAUCACAAUACAGAAGGACUGCAAGUGGUCUCUGGUGAUCCAGGCCCGGGAUCGAGGUUCUCCAUCCUUCAGCACGACCGCCAUGGUCAAUAUCGACAUCACCGAGGCGGCGCCUCUCAAAGGCCCUAUGGCUGCCUUUUUAAUGAAAAGUAGGGACAAUCCUAUGAAAGCUUUAGGCAUGGUCACGUUUAUCAUUACGGUCAUGGUAGGGGUCACUGUUUUGAUCUCUACCGCUAUGUACAUGCGCAACUCAAAGUCCAACAGGAUCACACCUGUGCGUCGCAUCAUCAAGAAGCGGCCCCGGGACCAGCAGUCCUGGACUUUCACCAUGCCUCUCAUCAAGAUCAAUAGCCCUGCAGACAAGUUCCUCAUCGUCGACCCCGAGAGCCCUCAGCGAGACGACAGCGCCAUGCUCUGGAGGAAUCCUCCCCCGCCUCCUCCACCGCCGUCAACUACAAGGGUCACCGAGAGGUCGCGGGCCAUACCAACAAUAUCUGGUGCACUAGUCUCAAAGGGUUCCAAGAAAGCUAAGUCUUAUCACCGAAAAGACGGAAACAUGAGCUCAGCUCUGGUGUCGGAGCUUAAAAUGAAGUUGGAACAGAAAAUAAAGGAAAACAACCAAGGUUAUUGUUAAGGCGACACGUCACGCUCCAGAUUGUCCACAGUUUUUGCGACAUUUGUGCUGCACUUAGGUCACAUGUUACCCAAAAGUUCCUACCUGAAGCUGUCUGGAUGGAGUGGACCGACCUUUACAGUGACAACACUCGGUGUGUGUUUAUGUGUUCAUAUGAGAUAAAGGAGGCAAAGGAGGAUCUGCUGCAUCCUCAGCUGACCUCACUCAGGAAAGAGAAGAUGGAUUCUGAGUCCUAGAAAUCGUCUUUACUGCCAUCUUGAGGAGGGAUAACAUCAUGUUAAACCUAAGAAGCACCUCUGAAAAUUUACCCAAGAGAGGAUUAGAAGGACUUACUGUGUACACAAGUUGCAUAACAUCAUGAAUAAAAUUCAACACAGUACAAGGAAUUUAGUGGAUUUUUCCUGAGAAAAAGUGCAAGUGGAUGACAUGGUCGUGACCUGUCGUGUGCUAAAUGACGUGUGUGUGUUAAAAUUUGGGCUGUACAUGAGAGCUGCUUAAAAAAAUGCUGAAACGUUGUACGACUACAAGGUGCCACUGUUGUUUGUUUGUUUUUGUUUUUUACAGUAUUACGAGUAUUGUUUUAUUUGUUUGAUGGUGUGACCUUAGAGAGAUGCUUUUAUAUAUUUUGCAUAGAUUGAUUGUAAAGUUCAGCGCUGUGUUAUAAUUGUGAAUAUACAACAUGUACAGGAAAUGAAGUUAUCGGAGAAGACGAACAGUAGAACAUGAGGAAAUCAAGAUAAAGCUAAGGUAACGUAGAUAUUGAUGGGGGUUAAGUUUUGGAUCUUGAAAUGUGUUUUAUUAGUUAUUUAAAAGUAGUAAGGUUCUAAGAAAGUCAUUUGAUUAAAUGUACCAGAUUCAAUGUAGUGUAUUAGGUGGUGUCCAAACUGCUCACCAUUUAAAGAUGAGAUAUUAAUAAAUACAGGUAAAUAAAUAAAUACGUUGUUAAUUUUCCAAAAUUAAUAAAAUGUCUGUUUAUGUAAAGUUGUAUAUUUGUAAUGUCUUUGUACCGUCUUUACCCAGAAUAAAUAUGAGGUUGUUAAACUGAAAUU